AUGUCCAUCGAGCCGUACGAGAUCUUUUUCACAGGCAGAAACGACCCCCGCGAUGGCUGUAUUGUCAUCGGCGAGGACGUCCGCCACGUCUUCUACGAAUUCGACACAGAGGUCACCGACUACGCCGCCAACAUGAAGACGACAGUCCAGAGCGACCGGCAGCCGGUCGCCACCUUCGAAUGGUCGAUGGGUGGCAGAGAGUUCGGCCUCGCCACCAUAUACGACCGGUCGAUCCCUAUGACCCAGCUGGUCAUGCCCACAGGCCAGCCAAACGCGCGAAUGUUCACCUCCUUCGACGGACGCAUUUACUCGUGGCGCCGAAUGCAAGAAGAUCCAAAUUCAUAUGAACUCAUAGCAGCUCCGGGACAUCAAAUUGGCAUUUUUCGACGGUUCGACCAGGAAACACCCGUCGGUCCAUCCUGGGGAACGUUCCAAUACAUUUUUACCGACCCGAUGCUUCUCCUGGAGUCUCUCAUGGCUCUCAACCUCAAUCGAUGGCUCGACGGCACUUACGGUCUCGCUUCUGGCUGA